CUCUCUUGUUGCUAUUUUGAGCUGAAGUAUUUUGUAUCAACUAUGUUAUUCACGGGCGCACACUAGGGUCGAUCUACCCCCUCUUGGUCCGAGGAUACGGGGCUCACUGUUACUGCGGGUGGAAUAAUAACCAAGACAGGGUCUGGCUCUCCUGACAACGCGUAUUUUCGUAACAAGGUAAAGCCUGCGAAAUGGACGCAAUGAGUUUUACCGGGCCAACAACCGAAGACGCGAUCUCACUGGAUCCAGUGGGUAGCACUACGGACAUAGCCACCACUAUAUACGGCGGAACGGAUUACUACGGCUCCACUACAGAUGUCAGCGAGGUACAAAAAGAAACCAAGAGCGAGCGAGCCGUUCCUAAGUUCAUUGAUCACAGAGUCGCGCUAAUGGGUAUUAAAACCAAGAAAAAGAAAAGCAAAAGCAAAAAGGAUGGGAAGAGCUUGCCGCUGAAAGACAUCGAGAACGCCAUAGCAGCGGAACUUAAAGAGCAUCGCCAGACAGAGGAGGAAAGGAUCGUUAAAGAGGAUCAAGAGAGACCUCAUCCUGAAUUACAUGCCGCCUAUCUGAAAACGGAGACCAAUUUGCUCACUUCACUUGGACGAGUCUAUUUUGAACGAGCAAAGGUGACAAGGGAUGGGAGAGACUAUAUCAAGGCAGCAGCGUUGUACAAUGCAGCGCUUGUCAGGUGCCGGAUUAUACAAGAUUUGCAGCCAAACGUUGCGAACAUUGAGAAAAGGUUACAUGAUAUAGAAAGCACGUUUCUGAUUAGUGUCGGUGGGGAUAGAAGUGGGAAACACCAAUUAACUCAGGGAAGAGGCACCCCACGCCACUGUAUCUUGCUUGAACGCUUGAGAAAAGAAAGCGAGAAAGAACUGGAUAACUUAGAGGCCAACUGUGAUCCAUCAACUGCUGGUGGUGAUGACGAGUUACAACAUUUGCAGAAAAUGAAAAGGGUUCGCACGACACGGUGUCUUUACCGGGAUAUCUCGUAUAAAAUUCGGAAUGUUAUAAAGGCGCUUGUUGAGCAAUGUGUAUCGCAGCUGGGAGUGCCACCGUGCACGUAUGCUGUUAUCGGUCUGGGACCGAUGGCCAGGCACGAAAUCACGCCGUAUUCUGAGAUCGAGUUUGCUAUACUGUUGGAGGAAGGAGUGGACAGUGAACAGAUUAAAAAAUAUUUCCGGAACUUGACGUAUUUAAUGCACUUGAAAAUAUUAGAGUUGGGGGAGACGUCCCUGCACAACGUUGCAAUAAAAUCAAUGAAUGAUCUUCUGAGUCCAUACGGUGAUUGGUAUUACGAUACGACCACUCCUAGAGGAAUAGCAUUUGACAGUGCCAUGCCUUGGGCAUCCAGGACGCCACUCGGCAGAGAAAAGAUUGGAAAGCGGCGGGCAGUCGAGUUGAUCCAGACACCCGAAAGCUUAGCUAUGUUGCUCACCGAAGCAUCUAAUGAUGUUGAGGGAAAUUCGUUGGCGAACAGUCUAAGUCGUGUCUGUUUCAUCACGGGGGAAAAGUCCCUAGACAUCGACUAUCGUAGCCGAAGGUCAAUAUUGUUAGAAUCGUCAAGGACCACUAUGAAAACUGAACUUGAAAGUAACAGUAAUUUCACUUUCCCAACGAUUGCCAGUGAGAGGGCGCGGUCUGUACUCCUUAAAUUAGUUACCAAUUAUGCACUAGGAAUCGAGGGAGAUAAGAAACGAUACGUCGUGGGUAAAGAUAUGCGAAAAUUCAUAGACAUUGUGUACGCGUUAGCCGAUUACUUUGGCGUCUCUUACAACAGUCCUUGGAGUGCCGUCGACGAACUUCGUCGAAGGAAAAUCCUCACAUCCGAGGCUAUGAACAACCUACACGUGGCGAUUUCAUUUAUCAUGGAACGGCGAUUACGUCAUUUUAUCCAGCUACACGACGCAGAGAAAAUGGGUGAUCCCUCCAAGCUACUCGACACGUUCACCGAAGUCACGUCACUAGUUCGUUUCUUCAACGUCAUGAUUCCACUAUGCGAUGCAGUACAGCGCAUAGUUCUGCAAAAUGGUCCGGAUGAGCCAGUAAAUCAAGCCGCUUUGAUAGGCAACCCACUAUUUGACAAUUCAUUAAAGACACGCGUACAAAUACAUUUACGACUGAAGCAAUUCGUUGAAGCUGAGAUAUGCCUCAGACAGUUACUAGAGGAAAAUCCUGACGACCACGCCCAUUUGGUCAGCGUUAUUUGCGUCAUCUUUAAAACUGGUAAAUUGAACAAAACAGAUGAAAAACCCGAAGGAACAGCUUCUGACAGUGACCGAUCGCUGAAAGAUGUAAUUCGAAAACCGUUAAAAAAGAACAUCUCUCCCAGGUCUCGAAUAAUUAAAAACGCCAAGUUCAAUGUGGGCAAAAACUUCUCUCCUCGAUCUAUUAUUCCCAAGGAAAAAAUCGAGGAAAAACCUUUGGAUGUAACGGCACUCAAUGUUCAAUCGUUACAUCUGAGUCCGCAUCAUGACGAGAAUAAGAACCCGACGAGGGUUUUACUCAAACGACUAGAAACAUUCGAUGGGCUUAAAGUGCUGUUGAAACAAGCCGAAAACACAAUUACUGGAUUCAUCGAUUCCAAUCGAAGAGCUAAUGCGAACCCCGAACUGGCUGUACUUGUCAACAAUCUGGCGGUGGCGUGGUACCAUUUCGGAGAUCCCAGGAAAACGCUUAUGUAUUUUCAACGAUCACUGCAGUUAUGGAAGGAAGUUUAUACAGAAAGUCCGGUACACAGUAACAUCACUGAUAUCCUCAACAAGAUAGGUAUGAUGCAGUAUGAGCUUGGCAAAUCAGAGACGUCUCUUGACUUCCACAUGAAAGCGUUAGAGCUUCUUGUCAAGCUGUCAGGUGGUAACAAGGUGGACCCCGAAAUCGCGCAGACGUUGAAUUUACUUGGCCGGGCCUAUCGAAGUAUGAGCGCUCCUCAUAAAGCCGUCGCAUGUCAUGAUGAAGCGAUACACAUUUUUCGACGUAUCCAUAGAAACCAAGUUGCACACCCCGACGUGGCGCAGACAAUUGAUCAUCUCGGCUGUACGUGGAAUAAUUUUGGCGAUAUGGAGAAAUCGCGAUCUUAUCACGAAAUGGCGCUAGACAUGUAUAGCAACAGCCAAAGUGACAUUUCUCUAAUCCAAAUUGCCGAUUGCAUGAGCCAUAUCGGAGAUUGCUACCGUGGCACCGGCGAUUUCAAAGAAGCAGUCACACAUUAUGCCCGUGGUCUAAACUUGUACGAGUACAUCUUUGGGAAACAAAUCCCGAAUUCUCGAGUUGCAAAAAUGCGUACUAACAUCGGAAAAGUAUGGGAAUCUCUGGGCGAACAUAAAGAUGCAAUCAGUUAUUAUGACCAGGCAUUGGACUUGUAUAAGAAAGUAUAUGCAGACGACUUCCCACACCCCGCCAUUGCGGCAUGUUACGGUGAGCUUGGCAACUCUUUUGAUUCAAUGGGCGAGUAUACCAAAGCCAUCAGUUAUCACGAGAAAGCAUUAAGUGUGUACCGACGUCUUUAUGGCAGUGAUGGUGUAAACCUGAAUGUUGCCAAGACUCUCAGUGAUCUUGGCAACGCGGCAUUUGCCAUGGGGGACAGUCACAAUUCGAUCAGUUACCAUGAACGCGCUUUGAAAAUGUGCAAGAAAAUUUUUGGCGAGAAAACUGCGCAUCCACAUGUCGCCUCUUCAUUGGUCAACCUCGGUUCGGCAUGGGGCACUCUCGGUGAAUAUCCGAAAACGGUCGACUAUUUGGAACAGGCCUUAGAUAUGUAUCGGCGAAUAUUUGGGCAGGCGCGCCCGAUGCACCCAGACGUAUCAGCAUCGCUCAGUAACCUUGGUAACGCAUGGGACGCCCUAGGAGAUCCAAAGAAAGCCGUCGAGUAUCACGAAGACGCGUUGCUGAUGAAGAAACAAAUUUAUGGGGAAGACGUUGAUCACCGUGAUGUAGCUUGGUCGCUAAAUAAUUUAGGAAAUGCCUACGAUUCGUUACGUGAUUACAGUAAAUCAGAACACUAUUAUCGACUUGCUCUGGACAUGAAGGUAAGACUAUUCGGAGGUGACAACCCUAACCCCGAUGUUGCCCGCUCUAUGCACAAUAUUGGUAAUAUAUUAGAUAAAAAAGGCGACGCCAAAGAGGCACUCAAGUAUGUGGAAGCCGCCCUUGGCAUGUACAGCCACAUAUUACCAUACGGAGCAGUACAUCCAGACGUGGCCCAAUCGUUGCAUAGCAUGGGGCUGAUUCAAUCGCACCUGGGAAACCCUGAGAGGGCGAUACUUUAUCACAAGGAAUCCCUAAUCAUGAAGAGAUUGAUUUACGGCGAGAACACAGCGCACGGUGACAUCGCUUACUCGUUGGCCGAACUAGCGAUACUUUAUUACAACCUCGGUGAUGUCGACAAAGGACUUGCGUAUUUUAACGAAGCCAUUGAAAUGGCCAAAUUCGUGUUCGGGGAGGAGCAUCCUGAAUAUUUGAGAGUGAAAAUAAUGCAUGACAACUGCUUGGCAACUGUCAUCAGAAAUCGGACAAGGAGCACAUGA